UCCCUCCCUCCCUCCUCUACCUAGUAAUAACACUCCCUCUUUAUCAAUUAAAUUCUUUCUUGCCAUACAAAUUUCAGAGAAGUGCAGAAAAAACUUGCUGACCCACCUCUAAACUCAUCCACACCUAUUACCAAUCCAUCUCUCUCUCCCUCUAUCUCUCUCCAUCUCUCUGUUUCUCUCCUUGGGUUACUACCAAAAACCACCAAGAACAAAGGGUACUACCCAAAAUUGCUUUUUUUCCCAGCUAUGGACAAUACCCACCAGUUCCAAUCCCCAUCUCCCCCUUCUCAGCCAUCAAGAUUCAAGAGGGUCUGUGUUUUCUGUGGCAGCAGCCCUGGCAAGAACCCUAGUUACCAGCUUGCAGCUAUCCAGCUUGCAAACCAACUGGUUGAAAGGAACAUAGACCUGGUUUAUGGAGGUGGGAGCAUAGGCUUGAUGGGUCUAGUUUCCCAAGCUGUUUAUAAUGGUGGAAGACAUGUUUUAGGGGUGAUUCCUAAAACUCUGAUGCCAAGAGAGAUCACUGGAGAGACAGUGGGGGAAGUGAGAGCUGUGUCUGGUAUGCACCAAAGGAAGGCAGAAAUGGCCAAGCAAUCUGAUGCUUUCAUAGCUUUGCCAGGUGGGUAUGGAACUUUAGAGGAGCUCCUGGAGGUCAUAACUUGGGCUCAGUUAGGCAUUCAUGACAAACCGGUUGGUCUGCUGAAUGUAGAUGGAUACUACAACUCACUUCUGUGUUUCAUAGACAAAGCUGUCAAUGAAGGAUUCAUCACACCGUCUGCCCGCCACAUCGUCGUAUCUGCCCCGACUGCCCAAGAACUCAUGUCCAAGCUUGAGGAUUAUGUCCCAAAACACAAUGGGGUUGCCCCAAAGUUAAGCUGGGAGAUGGAGCAACAGCUGGGCUACACAACGACCAAGUCAGAAAUCGCCCGUUGAGAUCUGGGAAACUUUGUACAGGGAAAACACAUGUUCCACAAUUCUUGGAAGGCAGAUAAUUUCUAUCACACAGGCAAAGUUUAGAUGCAAAGUUCAAUGGAAUUGUAGUUCCACAGUUCUUUUAGCUUCCUGUGGAUUUUUUCUUCUUUUUUUUUUUCGGUUUUUACCAUUGGGUGAGCAAGUAAUUUAUCAGUCAGUUUGUAACUGUUUGAUUCACUUUGUCAAGUAGUGCUAACCAAACCUGAGUAAUCAGCAAUAGUUUGUUUGUCAAAGGAAUGUUUAAUGAUUGGAUUUUUGUGUACCA